AUGCAUCUCAGGCACUUGUCCUAUUGCCUCGGUCUGCGCUUCACCUGGCUCCACUCUGUCUUUGAUAAUUUCCCCUCACUGCUGAAUUUUGCUCUGGAGCUACGGUGUGCGACGGGGCUUUGUCCACACGACCUGGAAGAUUACGGCUGCUCCUGCAGAUACGUGGCUGCUGGAAAACAUGUGGAUCCAAUGGACCUCUGCUGUGAGACUCACAGACUGUGUUACCAGAAUGCUGCCCCCUGCAGGCAGGAGAUGCCUCUUCUCCCAAACAACUUCACCUGUUUAGCAGCAAACACCAGCUGUGAUGUGCUUAGCAGCACCGUGGAGGCCAGCGAAGCCUCCAGAAGAGCAGAUGUUCUCCUAGCAGGAAACGUUUCCGUGAGCUACGAGCUCUCCAACUCUUCUGUCCUGUCAGCAGCAGAGAUGGACCCUCUAAUGACCAGCAGAGUGGAUAACCAGAGUGACACUACAACGUUGUACGAUGACCUCAUCACCCUGCAGUCGGGCUCACCCCCCCCUCUGACGCCUUUUGAGGAGUCUGAGGGAGGUGAAGGUGGCACAGAGGAAGAAGCGAGUUUCAUCUCUAAAGAUUUGAAUGAGGCUGUGACAGAGGAAGCACAAGAGCUGGAAGAGAUGAAUAAGGAUCAGACGACCCACAAUCCUUCAGCAAUCAGCACCGAUUCAGUUUUGCUCGUCCACGACAGAGAAAGACUGAGCGAAGCAGAAUCCGAGCUGACCAAACUCUCUCCUCUGAGCUAUGGAGAUGAAAAUAUGGAGACGUCUUCAACACCAGCUGGCAUCGCCCCUUUCGAACAGACUACAACUCCCAGAAAGCUGACGACCACUGGUCUGGAGGAGUCAACCGAGGAAGACAAGAAUUUGCUCACUACUGUAUUCACAACUGCACCUGCCAAAACAGUAACAACACAGUCAACGACGACGAUACAGGCUGUUGUCACAGCCAACGAGGUGAAGGGAAGCUCGACGCUACCCGCAAAGACAACAUCAGCCUCACGCACAGGUGGAGGAGUCCCCUUUACUUUUACACUAGCAACACCUCCAGCUUCAGAGGAAGGAGGAGAUCAAAGUUCAGGCGAGGAGAACAAAAGUUUUAUGAGGGCAACUGAAGCCACUUUCACAGAAGUUACUACCAAGGCGACAAAAAGUUCUUCGACAACAAGCUCACCCACAACUCCUGACACUUCAUGGACCGACAACUUCAGACUGCAGACACCUGCUGCUGUUGCUUUCAGUCGCCUGAGUCAAGGACAUGCAACGCAACAGUCGACAACGUCAUCAAUGAGAAGUGUCUCAGAGGCAACACAAGGAAGCCAGCUCACCUCCAUCAAACCGGGAUCAGAGAUCAACACGUCCACCAGAGCCACGACAGCAGUAUCGUACACAACAACUGAGGCUGAAUCUGAAGAGGAGCUGCAGGAGAAAUCAGAAAAGACAGAGAAACCUCCAUGUGUGGAAGGAGAGCUGGCAGACAGCUCGCAGGAGAAAGACACAGAUGACUGGGAUGUGGCUCAGAAGAGGACGGUGCCGUUCUUCGCCUGGUCCCUGCUGGAGUCUGUUGGGUUGACGGACAUACAGCUACAGCCAGACAGCAAAGAAUGCAGUCGCUCCUUCACCCUGUAUGGCAGCGAUGGGCAAGCUAGACAGGAGAUGCCGGCUCUGGGGGAGAUGCUUCACUGCCUGACGGGACGUUGCCCCCAUGAGUAUGAGAUGUAUGGCUGCUACUGCGGACACGAGGGCGGGGGUCAACCUCUGGACCAGCUGGACAGGUGCUGCUUCUUUCAUCACUGCUGCCUGAAGCAGAUCAACGCCAUGGGCUGCAGGUCCGAGAGGAAGCUCAACGCUCAGAUCUCCUGUGAGAACGGGAAACCACGAUGUCAGGGCCUCACUGUAUGUGACAAGCUGCAGUGUGUGUGUGACAAAACGACUGCCGAGUGUAUGGCAGCGGCCCACUUUAACCACAGCCUGCCGCUGCUGCAGUGCCGCGGCCCCGGACCUCCCUGCCGCCGGGCCAGCAGACCCCCCAAAUCACGACUUACCCCUCAGUCUAGUGAGGAGAGUGAGGAGCCUCUAGGAGGAAGCUCUGAUGAUCAGAAGCCUGACAGCAUACAGGAAACAUCGACGGACACAAACACACCUCCGCCACGCCGAGUUCAGAGCAGUGAUGAAAGCUCCGACCUGACAGACGACGAGAAGUCAAAUCCUCCUGCUGGACCGUCCGAGAGCUCCACGAGACCUGAUCCUCAUCCUCCUCAUCCUCCUCAUCCUCCUCCUCCACCGCCCCCCUCCAGUGAGGAGAGCAGAGAGUCAACCACACACAGCGGGAUUCAAACCCACAACGCUAGACCGAGUGCAGGGCAAAGACCAGCAGGGAGACCAGCAGGGAGACCAGCAGAGAGACCAGCAGAGAGACCAGCAGGGAGACCAGCAGGGAGACCAGCAGGGAGACCAGCAGAGAGACCAGCAGAGAGACCGGGAGGGCCCGGGGUGAGAGGUGAAGAGGAGGAGGGUGGAGAAGAGGAGGAAGAGGAGGAGGAGAAAGGAAACUAGAAGCGAAUGAAAAGCUUUUCAAAGGCAGCUUUGGGAUGUGAAGAAGUCAUUUUGGGGAUCACUGAUAAGAUUAUGGUCAGAUCAUUUUGUUCCCAGUAACAGAAGUUGUAAUUUCUAGAAAUGAUCACAAAUCAGAAAUCAAAUGUUAACUUUGAUUUUCAGGUUUUCUUCACAGAUUUGUGAAGUGCAGCAACUCUUUAGAGCACAUCAAGGGAAGAAGUGAACUUAUUAAAAACAUAUGAAUAAAAGCAAA